CGACGCAGAACAUAAUCGAUCACUCUAUGAUGUAGUGCAAUCGUUCAAACUAAGUUAAAGUAUUGUUCGCACGUAUGACGUUACUAGCAGACAGUCCAUUUGAAUCGUAUGAGCAUGUACUGCAGACACGUGGGUAUACUCGUGUAGAUCUACUCACUUGGUUAUAAGAGGUUGUGGAAACAGCGUUUCAGUAGUGCUUGUAAAUACGUUUCGUGAACAUGUUGUUCUAGUAAAGCGCGAUACAUAUGGGAUAUUUACAUUUAUGUAUAAGGCUUUACUUUUAGUAUUUAUUGGCUUACGUUAAAAGCUGAAUGGGUAAAUUAUAGUUUUACGUUGCACUUGACACAAGAACAGUGAUCGGAAGAGAUCGUUUAAAUAUAAACUGAUAUUGCCAAUAAGCGAAUAGGCAGACAUGCACGGACUAACUAUACAUGUGUUCGGAUAGUGGGUGACCGGAUUCUAAUUAGCGACUGAAUUAUUGAUUGAGACUUACACUCAACUGUCAAUAUGGGCGGGAAGGUAUCGAAGAAACGCCCGGAGAGUUCGGCUGAUAAGCUACUUCCGCCGGCCUCUCCCACGACACCGACGACACCAAAAGAAAUUCCUCUACUCGAGAACCCCCCUGUGACCACAAUGGAGGAAACGCUGGCCCCUAAGGUGUACAAACGACGGUGGGUUAUGUUGUUGCUCUUCGUGGCUUAUUCAUUCAGUAACGCGUAUCAAUGGAUUCAUCUUAAUAUCAUCGGUAACGUCAUCAUAGAAUUCUACAACGAAAGUCUUCCAACAGAUUCCUUCCAACAGGCGACAGCGAUAGACUGGUUGUCAAUGAUUUACAUGUUGUGUUACAUCCCUUUGAUAUUUCCCGCCACGUGGCUCCUAGACAAGAAAGGCCUUCGAAUAAGUUUAAUAUGUGGCGCAUUCCUGAAUGCUUUAGGCGCUUGGAUAAAGUGUGCGUGCCUUGCGUCAGGACGAUUUCCGGUGCUUAUGUUUGCACAGACGAUAUGCGCGAUUGCGCAGAUUUUUAUACUUGGAAUUCCAGCGCAACUUGCGGCUACGUGGUUCGGACCGGACCAAGUUUCGACUGCGACAUCUAUUGGCGUGUUCGGAAAUCAGGUCGGAUGUGCAGCCGGGUUUCUCAUUCCGCCAUUGCUAGUUCCCAAUAGCGAUGACCGUGACGUCAUCGGGAGUGACCUUGGAAAGAUGUUCUACAUUUGGGCCGGGUUAACAACUGCACUAUUUAUCGCCAUCAUCGUAGUGUUCAAGGAGAAGCCUCCUCGGCCGCCGAGCAAGGCCCAGAUGUUGGCGGCGGCCAGCGGCACACAGGCAAACUACUUCGACUCCCUCAAGAACCUCUUCCGCAACCGAGGAUUUAUACUUCUCACGAUAACGUAUGGUAUUAACACCGGGUGUUACUAUGGUAUCGGUACCCUGCUCAAUCCAAUCAUUCUGCACUACUUUCCGGGCCAGGAGCAGAGUGCCGGUCAGAUCGGCCUCGUUCUGGUGUUAGCCGGAGUCGUUGGGUCAGUUGUGGGCGGAAUUUUGCUCGACCGGACCAAGGCUUUUAAGGCCACGACCGUGGGAAUCUACCUGCUGUCCAUGGCGGGAAUGGUAGCCUUCACAUUUACAUUAGGUCUUAACCUCAUCUGGGUGGUAUUCCUUACCGCGGGAAUUCUCGGGUUUUUCAUGACCGGUUAUCUCCCUGUGGGGUUCGAAUUCGCGGCUGAAAUCACAUAUCCGGAACCAGAAGGGACAUCUUCCGGUCUGCUGAACGCGGCUGCCCAGGUAUUCGGAAUCCUUCUGACGAUCGGUAUGCGCGCGCUAGUUGAACGAGUCAGCGUCCAGUCUGCCAACAUCACCGUGUCCGUCAUGCUCCUCGUGGGCACCAUAGUAACAGGUUUCAUUUCUGCUGACUAUAGACGACAGGAAGCUGGCAAACGAGCAAUCAGCUACCUGGACGAUGUAAGAUUUGACAUCAACACCGAGGACAAGGACACUGACAAGGUUGUUUGACCUUGAACCAACAUCCAUUGCUACAUCUUCAUCCUCUAUUGCGCAUGCGUGUCACGUCUACAACAUCUAGUGCGCCUGCUCACUUAAUCCUAGUUGGCCAGUGCGCCUGCAAGAUAUUUUUUAAUCCAAACCAAUUUAUAACGCCCUAAGACAAUACCGUCUUGUGAGUCCGCGUUUUAAAUCAGAACUGUUUUACAAAUGAUGGAGGGGUACUCAACUUUGACCGCAUGACUUAAGAUUGUGUAUUAUUAUGCUGAGGUAUUUUUUGCAGAUCACUUUUUAUGCCCCAAAUGCUUUGGGGUAGGGGUAUAAAGAUUUGCCCUUGUCCGUCCCACCGUUCGUCCCACUUUUUUUAUGUCGCAUGAAACUAAAAGGUGCUAAAGGCAUGAAACUUUGCAAACAUAUUAACAAGCAUUUGAAGUUAAGCACCUCAAUAUAAGAGCGCAUUUUCGACACAGCUAGAGUUAUGGCCCCUUUUUAUUCAAAACAAAUAUUUUUUUCCACUUGUGUCGAUAUAACUCAAAACGUAUAGCUGAUAGAUGGCGGAAGCUUUAUAACUAUAUUAACUAGCAAGUCAACGUGCUCACCUCAACAUUUUUUUAGUAUAUAUUCCAAUAAUCGCCUCUUUCUCUAUCAGAACAAUAUCCUCUAAAUUAUUUCGUGCGUUACUCAAAAAGAAUCGCUUCCCGAGGAAUGAAACUAUAAACAAUUAACCAGCGUGUAAAUGUGUGCUUCUCCAUUUUUUCUGUUACGUUUAUUUUUUUCCCCGAAUUUAAACAAAAGCGGAUUGUGUUGUUAUACGUGUCUUACGGAUACCUUUUUGUUUUUAAUUUUGUGAAUGAAUAAUUCCUUAAUUCACUAGAUUCUAUCACCGCCUUGUACUGCUACGUUUAAAAAAAACACAAGGAUAAACUGUUGACUAGUCUCUAAUCUAUGAAUGUAUGUUUGCUUAGUAAUCACAAUUAUUUGAUGAUCAUCUUUAUUGAACGUUUCUCUGAUAAACACCUUUUUUAUUACUAUUCUAGUGAAAGUAAAUGAUUCAAUUAUUUUAUUGAACUUCAUUUCUAUUUCUCGUACGUAUGUAUUAUUGUAUGCAAUUAAAAGAUGACGUGACACAAUAAUAAAAAAUAUGAAAACAAUUGUCAGUACCUUUUAAAACAGAACUUGCCAAACUGCUUUUACUGCAUCGCUAAAUUUUGUGUGUGAAUUGUUUAAAUUAAACACAACUAUCUGUUCCUUAUCUUCUCUGUUUCUUUUGCAGUUUCUCGGCAAUUGGAACAUGUUUUAAAUUUAAACAAGUUCACACAUUUUAGGCCUCACAUUCCAAAACACAAUUUCACUUGUAGGACUGUAUAUUGAAAUUAAUGUAGCAUAUACUUGAUAGGGAUAUACUCCUCCGCGUACACAAUAUAUCAAUAUAUCUUGGUAUACAUACGGCAAUACAUUUUCUUGUCAUGGGUAGGUUGAACGUUAAUUUUGUAUCGGUAUACAUUGUGUUCUAAUUCCUCAAGAAGUUAUCUGUUAAGGCCUUUUAAUUUUGUUUCAUACUAAACAAUACUAGAAACAUAUCAUAAGGAAUCUUUUAAAUUAUUUAUCAUUCCGUUCAUAGAUUUGAUUGUCGACACGUAUCUAUAUACAUGUAUGGUUUAUCUUGAUUAUAACAAUAUUUUUCAGAUGGACAGAAUAUUCUAAAAUCACUUAAUAUGUAAUAAUAAUAUAUGAAACAGUCGGCAUUUAACACAUAAUGAAAUCUGUUUUAACGAGAAUAUGUUGUAUAUGUUUAUAGUUUAUUUUUGUGCGUCAAACGCACGUAAAACAGUAUUACGCAGAUAAUAGUAUUCUUGCAAGAACUAUUUUACUUUUAAACAUAUUUCUGGAAAGAUAUCUCAAUAGCAUCACAAUUAAGAUUUAUGUGUAAUGAAGUAUUUUUAAAACGUCUGCGACAAUUUUUUUUAAUGUUUUUAGCGUUAUGUUAUUUUAGGUCACUGUACUAUGUGUGACAACGUUUUUUUUGUUAGUUUGAUUGUGGUUAGGUUUGUUUUAUUAUUUGUUCUUGUUUUUUUUUAACAUGAGAAAGUCGAUACGCAUAUGGCAUUAUUUACAAAACAUUGUAGAUCUCUUUUUACAAGAAAUUUUAAGAAAAAGUUUGUCUGGUCAAAGAGCAUCAUUAGACAUUUUUAAUUUUAUGCUGUAUUGAAGGUUAUUUAUGUUAUAUGUCAUUUUGAACGACGUUAAAUAAAGCUGUUUGAAAUUGUGGCAAAAUGAAUGCAUACUCGUUUUGAAUAGUGCAAAUUCGUAACAGUUAAAAUGUAUUUAGGCGAAUUGUGUGUAUGUUUCAAAUUCGGUAACACUUCUAUUUUUGUACCAUAGAAUCUUGUGUGGAGUACUUUAACUCGAAUACAUGACAUCAUCUACCUAACAAAGAUUCACACUACCUAAAGAAAACGCGUUGACAUACUAACCACUGGUCGAUAUAUAGCCCUUCUAUCAUAUUGUACUGCAUGCUAUUUGUGAUAAUCUCAAUAUUGCUGCUGGAAUCGCUGUAAUCAUAUAAACCAGUCAACCUUGCACUUGUUUUACACUGAUAACGGUCACUUAUAUUAUUUUAAAUAAGGUUGUUAUAUCAUACGGUUGCAAUCUAUUGAAUGUGUUUGUGUUAGGACUUAAAGGAAUUGUAUGAAAACACGCAUACAUUUUAGGUCGAUUGAUUCAGUUAUUUGUUCUAUAUUGCUUUAAUAUAUUUUGUCAAUUUACCUCCUAUAAACACGUAUCAAUAAGCCGCCUUUUAUUAAUGUAUAUUUGUAAAUAUGUCAUGCAUUUGCUUUGAAUAAAUUUAUCACCAUGCGA